UUCUCUGACACAGGCGCCGGGUCAGGUUGAGGUCUCUGUUCGCGUGUGGAUCUGCCAGUGGAUCUGUUCUGGGUGGGAGGAUUGGGCACUGUCGCGAUGUUCACAGACGGCAUCACGAUUCUCUUGCGAUCCGAUCCCUGCUCCCAAACUAUGGGUGGUGUUGGGGGUGUGGGAGCAGAGGUUGGAUCUGGGAGACAGGGGGGGUGUCGUUGCGUUUUUCCCUCCUCAGAGCCCUCCAUGGCUUCCCAGGAGAGGGUGGAGACAGUGACCAAAGGAACAGGGCUCUGGCGCUGCCCCAAGCCGGCCACUUACACCCCAGAGACCUGCGAGCUGCUCAGAGUGAUGAUGAAGGAAUCCAAACUGACAAACUUCCAACGGCGCCACAUCAUGGACACCAUGAAACGAGGAGACACUCUCCCCCUACAGUGUAGUCCAACUUCCAGCCAGAGGGUGUUGCCUUGCAAGCAGCCGGCCUCAGCCAUCUACUUGCCUCCCAUCCUGGCCGUCCGGUCCCACCUCCGGCCUGCCAGCAUGUGCCAAGCCAACGGGGCCUACAGCCGGGAGCAGUUCAAGCCCCAAGCCACCCGAGAUCUGGAGAAGGAGAAGCGAAGACUCCAAAAUAUUUUUGCCACCGGGAAGGAGCCAGCGGAACGGAAAAGAAAGCCCCCUCCUGUGCGACAGGAGAACCCAGCCCCUGAGCUGGACCGGUUUGAAGAACUGGUAAAGGAAAUCCAGGAGAGGAAAGAAUUCCUGGCUGACAUGGAGGCCCUAGGGCAGGGCAGACAGUACCAAGGGAUCAUCCUUACUGAAAUCUCCCAGAAACUACAGGAAAUGGAAGACCUUGACCACAAGAGGAGUGAGGAACUUAGGAAGGCUCUUGCCACCACUUAAUCUGCCUCCGGAGGGGGGCGGGGGAGCCCAACCUCUACCAUUGGAGCCCACCCCCUUGCCAAACAGGGUCACCCCC